GAUAAAUGAAAAUAAAGGGGCUUGGUGGAUGGAAGAACAAGGUCUCAGCUGUUCUCUGGUUCAUUUUGAGAAUUUCAUCUUUUCUCAUUAGCAAAACAGUAGUUUGUGUCAAACAUCCCGGAGAACAAGAAAAUGCAGAUCUGUGGCUUUCUAAAAUACAGACUCAGUGUUACAACCAUGCUGCCAUACUCGACGCCCAGGGGACUGUCCUCCAAAUGCAAAUGGCUUUGAACUUUCCAGUGAAAGUUAAGGUGACACCGUAAAUAGAACAAAACCUUAUUACAGUAGGCGGCUAAAACAAACUAAAGAAAAAAAAAAAAAAGAAAAAAAGGCAGCUGCAAAAUGGAGGUUGCGAUGGUGAGCGCCGACAGCUCCGGGUGCAACACCCACAUGCCCUAUGGAUACGCGGCCCAGGCGCGGGCCCGGGAGCGGGAGCGGCUGGCGCAGUCCAGGGCGGCCGCGGCCGCGGCCGUAGCAGCGGCCACCGCGGCGGUGGAAGGUGGGGCGGCAGGAGGAGGGGGUCCGUACCACCACUACCAUCAGGAGCAGAGUCGCGGGGCGUCCUCCUCGCACGGCGGGAGCCUGCCCCACCGCCGGAGUGGUAAGAGGAGGAAGAAAGGCAGAAAGAGGAGCCACCACUUGGGGAGUAGGGAGUGUGGGGCCUCCUUCCCCUGCUCUGAGCUGUUGCCACUCAGUGGUUCUGAGGAGAGAAUACUGAAGGACUUGAGUGAGGAGGAAGAGGAGGAUGAAGAUGAGGAUGAAGACGAGGAGGAAGAAGGAAAGCUCUACUACAGCGAUGACUAUGGGGAGGAUGAGUUUUCGUACUCGGACCAGCCACCUGAUGACGGUGGAGGCCCUGGGGGUUACAGCUCUGUCCGCUACAGUGAGUACGAGUGCUGUGAGCGUGUGGUGAUCAACGUGUCGGGACUGCGGUUUGAGACCCAGCUGAAGACACUAGCUCAGUUCCCAGAGACACUGCUGGGGGAUCCAGCCAAGCGGGGGAGAUACUUUGAUCCUCUCAGGAACGAGUAUUUCUUUGAUAGGAACCGACCCAGCUUUGAUGCCAUCCUGUACUACUACCAAAGCGGGGGUCGGCUGAAGAGGCCGGUCAACGUCCCCUUUGACAUCUUCUCAGAGGAGGUGAAGUUCUACCAGCUUGGGGAGGAGGCCAUGCUCAAGUUCAGGGAGGAUGAAGGUUUUGUCAAAGAGGAAGAGGAAAAGGUGUUGCCGGAGAAUGAGUUUAAGAGGCAGGUUUGGCUGCUGUUUGAGUACCCAGAAAGCUCCAGUCCAGCCAGAGGCAUUGCCAUUGUCUCUGUCUUGGUCAUCUUGAUCUCCAUCAUCAUCUUUUGUCUGGAGACUUUACCAGAGUUCAGAGAUGACAAAGAAUUCGUCAUGUCCUUGAGCUUAGGGAAGGGGCUUUCCAAUCAGUCUCUUCGCCUGGAUGCUGGGGAGCACACCAUCUUCAAUGACCCUUUUUUCAUCGUAGAGACCGUGUGCAUCAUUUGGUUCUCCUUUGAGUUUACAGUGCGCUGCUUUGCGUGUCCCAGCAAAGCACACUUCUUCAAGAACGUCAUGAACAUCAUAGACAUUGUGUCCAUCUUGCCUUACUUCAUCACCUUGGGCACGGACCUGGCGCAGGAGCAGGGCAGUCAGCAGGCCAUGUCUUUUGCCAUCCUGAGGAUCAUCCGUCUGGUCAGGGUGUUUCGCAUCUUCAAGCUCUCCAGGCACUCCAAGGGUUUGCAGAUCCUGGGUCACACACUCAGGGCCAGCAUGAGGGAACUUGGCCUCCUCAUCUUUUUCCUUUUUAUCGGAGUCAUUUUGUUUUCCAGUGCUGUUUACUUCGCAGAAGCUGACGAGCCUGCCACCCAUUUUCAAAGCAUCCCAGAUGCCUUUUGGUGGGCUGUAGUGACCAUGACUACAGUUGGUUAUGGGGACAUGAAACCCAUAACUGUGGGUGGGAAAAUAGUGGGGUCCCUGUGUGCCAUUGCAGGAGUGUUAACCAUUGCUUUACCAGUGCCAGUGAUUGUCUCCAAUUUUAACUAUUUCUACCAUAGAGAAACUGAGAAUGAAGAACACACACAGAUGAUGCAAAAUGCAGUCAGUUGCCCUUACCUCCCAACAAAUUUACUGAAGAAAUUUAGAAGCUCAUCAUCUUCAUCCACAGAGGAUAAAUCAGAAUAUUUGGAGAUGGAAGAAGGAGUUAAAGAAUCUCUUUGUGUAAAGGAGACUAAAAGUCAGGACACGGGGAAUAGCAGUGAGUCAGAGAAGAAAAACUGUGUAAAUUCAAAUUCUGUGGAAACUGAUGUGUAA